CCCUUCUCUAGGUAUACAGCCCUAGACUCACAGCUAAAGACGAGUACGUUUACUAUGACUUCGCUAGCCGGUGUACAGGGCUGGGCCUUUAACGAGGUGGCCAUGAACAAUUUCGUGCAACCGGAGGACCUAGCAGGAUGGCUGGACUUCUCGCAGGAGGGAGCUCGAGGAGCUGCAAUAAGCUGUAUCGAGCCGGCUAGCGCACGGUUCUCACUUGACGAGGAUUGUGCAUUCGUUCUGGCAGCUGAUUUCCCAGAGGCGCAGGGCCCUCUGCCUCUUGGCCUUGGUGCCCACCAACGUUUUGCUACAGAUGGAGGCUUUGCAAGCACCACAAGUGCAGAGUUUCUUAACACACUAGGCGGGUCCGAGGACAUGACUCCCCGGAUGACCCCUUUCUCAGAGCUCUGCCCCAGCGUGCUAGAGCCGGAGGAGGAGCUCCCCACCUCCGCAGUAGCCAAGACCACCAGUAAGAGCACCGGCCGGGCGGCGAGGCGUGGGCCGGCGCAUAAAGGCGGCCGCCGGGGCGUCGCAAAGCGGAGCGCUCGGGGCCACGCCGCUGCCGCCCCAGGACCCGUGAGCCUCCUGUACAAGGGCACGAUUGGCGGCAGCGGAACCAUGCAGGCCCGGUCUCUCCCCUGGACUCUGAGCCUGCAGUGCCUCAACCGGGAGCUUGCGGUAUCGGAGGAGGCAUGGCCGGAGGCGGACUCGUGAGCGGCCGGCAGCAGCAGCAGCAGCAGCGGGGGAGGCUAGAGGCGGUUUACAUGCCUGCACUUGGGAGGGAGCGACCUCGCCGACACGCUUAAAAUCAGGCUGUGGUUCCGAAACCAGAUCUUUCUGCAGCUAUAGGACAGUGCCUGACAGUGGCUGAGCAAUGAGACAACAUGCGCUUGGUAAAAUUGGUCGGGUAGGUGAGCAGCUUCGGCAAAAGAUAGUUUGGCUGCGCCGUACAAUGCAUGCCUUGAGGCAGGACUGGCAGGGAACACACGACAACACACAAGGCAAGGCACACACGCAGAAAGAAUCACACAUAUAUUGGGACCUGCAGCGCCGCACAGGCGGUCUUGCCAGGGCCCCGGGGAAGGUCGUAUAUGUCCCCGCACGCGCUGUUGUAGGGAUGUCGCAGGGCGGUCUGGUCCGGCGGGCUUUUCGCGGCCGCAGAGAGGGAGGGGUUGGCGCGAGCAGCAGCUGCAUGUGCUGCUGCCGGUGAGCUUGGGGCUAGCGGCCGGAAUCCGUUACCUUUGCAGGGAGAGAGUUUGCGCGCGGUUUCCAGCUGCGGCUGUGUACCCGGUUUGGAAGAAGUGUGAGACUCCGUGAUAAAGGGAGGCGGACUUGCUGCUUUCGUACCGUACCGUAUCUAAUAGUUUCGGGGGGUCUCUUUUAUACGCAUUGUGUCGUUUUCAUCGUUCGAAACUGCAUUGGCUAAGGAAGACAAAUUGUCCGAACGGGGGACAGGGUUGUGAUCAGAAAGAGGGGGCAGAUGCAUUCGGCACGAUGCGGUUGUUAUAGCCGGAGUUUUGCAGGCCUCCCGGUAUAUGCGUGCGUGGUUUCGGAGGUGCGCGCGCGGAGGGUUGGACGGGCGGACAUUGAGCAUUACAAACCUCAUGUUGAAAUAGUUGCUAGGCGCAACAGAAUACAUUGAAUGUAGCUCCUAGACGAGAUGUCGUUGGGUCAGUUGUCUUCAGCUCUGCGUUAGGAUUCUGCAUUUGUUAGUCGUAGUUUGGUAGGGUAGUGUUCCAGUCCGCACAAACAGUCAGUGAAAGGAGGACGACGGCGUUAUCAUAUUUGCUGUAGACGGUUGUGCAUUAGAUGCAUUCUGUAGAGUAGUGUAGAGUUAUGUGUUUCAUUAGGCUAUACUUGAAGCGGUAGUGCGUGUACGGGUACGGAGCUGGUUGCUACAGCCCUCGCCUGCCUUGGGGCCCGUGUGGUUCGCCCUCAUGUCGCCGGCUUACACAUCUCCUGGCCUCCUGUACAUCCAACACAC